GCGCUUCCUCCGCCCCAGCUUCCGCGUCGCAGCCCGGGGAGCUGGAACCUAAGCGGUUGCUGGAGUCCUGGCCCACUUCGGGGCGGGAGCCGGGGCUGGGGCUCGCGGUCAGACCGGGAGCCUGCGCUGAAGCCGCGGGCAUUGACUCCCUGCGAGAUGGACGGGACAGAAGGCAAUGCUGGGCACCUGGGCCCCGCUGAGCGGUCCCAUCGAAGCAGCGUGUCCUCCGUGGGAACCCGAGCAGCUGAUGUGCUGGUGUACCUGGCGGAUGACACAGUGGUGCCCCUGGCCGUGGAGAACCUGCCGUCAGUCAGUGCCCACGAGCUGCACCGGGCUCUCCGUGAGGUCCUGCAGCUCCCGGACAUCGCCCUGGAUGCCUUCGCACUCUGGCUUGUGUCCCCCCUGCUGGAGGUGCAGCUGAAGCCCAAGCACCAGCCCUACAAGCUGGGCCGCCAGUGGCCCGAACUGCUGCUGCGCUUCACGGACGCCCCCGCCGACCACGUGGCCGUGGAUGAGCCUUCCCUGCAGUUCCGAAGGAACGUGUUUUUCCCAAAGCGGCGGGAGCUCCAGAUCCACGAUGAGGAGGUCCUGCGGCUGCUCUACGAGGAGGCCAAAGGCAACGUCCUGGCCGCACGGUACCCGUGUGACCUGGAGGACUGUGAGGCCCUGGGCGCCCUGGUGUGCCGUGUGCAGCUUGGGCCCUACCAGCCGGGCCAGCCCACUGCCUGCACCCUGAGGGAGAAGCUGGACUCCUUCCUCCCCGCCCACCUCUGCAAGCGGGGCCACGGGCUCUUUGCUGCCCUCCGGGGCCGAGGGGCCAAGGCGGGGACAGGCGAGGAGGGCCUGCUGAACGCCUACGGCCAAGUGAAGGAAGCGAUUGGCAGCGACAGCGAGCAUGGGGCCUCCCUGAGCCCCCACUACCGCGCCUACCUCCUCAAGAGCCACGAGCUGCCCUUUUACGGGUGCGCCUUCUUCCAUGGCGAGGUUGACAAGCCGACCCAGGGCUUUUUGCACCGGGGUGGGCGGAAGCCAGUGGCUGUGGCCAUCAGUCUGGAAGGCGUGCACGUCAUUGACAGCAGGGAGAAGCACGUUCUGCUGGGCCUGCGCUUCCAGGAGCUGUCGUGGGACCACACCUCCCCCGAGGAGGAGGAGUCUGUCCUGUGGCUAGAGUUUGAUGGGGACAACGAGGGCACACCGGUCAACAAGCUCCUCAAGAUCUACUCCAAGCAGGCCGAGCUGAUGAGCAGCCUCAUCGAGUACUGCAUUGAGCUGAACCAGACGUCAGAGCCCGCCGCCCCCCAGGAGAACGUGUCCGGCCCCCCCGCCGCCACCGGCUCCCCGCCGCCCCCCGCUCAGCGCCCACCGCUGCGGAGGCAGGGCAGCGUGGUGCGCAGCCGCCUCCAGCAUCUCUCCACCAUCGACUACGUGGAGGAGGGUGUGGGUACAGAAACAGUGGGGCCACGUCCAGUGGAAUCAGGGCAGCUGGUAAACGGGCAGUGCUCUGAAUGCAGCGUGGUGUCUCAGACCGAGCCCUGGAGCAGACAGACGUUUAUGAAAGAACUGGUGAAGUCUUGAAGUGUGUGCUUUAGUUAAUCAUGUGGCACCAAUGUUUAUUUUUUAGUUUUGGCAAACAUACGAUGGUAACGGAGGAUGGCAGCCAGCAUCAUGAGACGCUGGAUGAAGGCAUAUAGGAACUCUUUGUAUUACUAUCUCUGCAAAUUCUCGAUUAAGUCUAGAAUUAUUCCAAAAUAAGCUUCUAAAUGCAGUAACUAAGACCUGCAUUUAUUUAUUUAUUUAUUUAAAGUUGGUUUUUUUUUUUUAAGAUUUUAUUUA